CUAAAAAUCUAUGCAAAACUAACAUAUAAACAUUUAGUUUAACCUUAAAUUUGUUGAAACUAAGACGUGGUGUAUAAUAACUUAACUAUCUGUUGAAAUUCAUUGAAUAUGAGUGAUACGCGUGAACAAAUUUUGGAACAAAUUAAAGUGCAAGGCGAUCUCGUGCGUCAAUUGAAAGCUGCUAAGGAAACCAAAGAAAAGAUUGACGAUGAGGUUUCCCGCCUGCUGGCGCUUAAAGCCAAGCUCGGAGGCGAUGCAGCACCAGCCAAUCAGAAGUUCACUCUGAAGACGCCCAAGGGUACACGUGACUAUGCGCCACAGCAGAUGACGUUGCGUCAGAGCGUGCUGGACAAGAUUGUGCAGGUGUUUAAGCGUCAUGGCGGUGAAGCUAUUGAUACGCCGGUGUUUGAGCUGAAGGAAGUGCUUACGGGCAAAUAUGGCGAGGACUCAAAGCUGAUCUACGAUCUUAAAGAUCAAGGCGGCGAAAUUCUGUCGAUGCGCUAUGACUUAACUGUGCCGUUAGCACGUUAUCUGGCCAUGAACAAGAUCUCCAGCAUUAAACGCUACCACAUAGCCAAAGUCUAUCGGCGCGACAAUCCAGCGAUGACACGUGGUCGCUAUCGUGAGUUUUAUCAAUGUGACUUCGACAUAGCCGGCACACAUGAUCCUAUGCUGGCGGAUGCAGAGUGUGUCAAGAUUGUCGCAGAGGUGCUAGAUACGCUGGAUAUAGGCGACUAUGUGAUUAAGCUAAAUCACCGACAGUUGCUGGACGGCAUGUUUGAGGCAUGCGGUGUGCCCGCGAGUAAUUUCCGUGCGAUAUGCUCAGCGGUUGAUAAGCUGGAUAAGUCACCUUGGGAAGAUGUGCGCAAGGAAAUGGUCGACGAGAAAGGACUAGAUGGCGUCACUGCUGACAAAAUUGGGGAAUAUGUGCGUCUAAGUGGCGGCGCUGAGCUCGUAGAGCGAUUGCUGUCAGAUGAAAAGCUAAAGGCGGUGCCCAAUGCUGUGAAAGGAUUGGAAGGCAUGCAGCUGCUGCUUAAAUACUGCGCGCUCUUUAAUUUGGAUCAUCGCAUAAGCUUUGAUUUGAGCUUAGCACGUGGCUUGGACUACUAUACGGGUGUGAUCUAUGAGGGCGUGCUGAAAGGCGAACAAGAGCAAGGACCCUCAGCAGCGAAAACAGCACAGAAUGGCGAACCAGCAACGUCCGAGGCUGGCGGUACUGUGGGCUCUGUGGCAGGUGGAGGACGUUAUGAUAAUCUGGUGGGCAUGUUUGAUCCGCGUGGCAAAGCUGUGCCCUGUGUGGGCGUCUCUAUCGGCGUCGAACGUAUUUUCUCUGUGCUGGAAUCGCGUGCUCUAGCCAAUAAAACCAAGCUGCGCACCAACGAUGUGGAAGUGUUUGUAGCCUCCGCCCACAAGGGUCUGCAUGAGCAGCGAUUGCGUGUGCUCAAUCAGCUCUGGGCAGCGGGCAUUAAGGCAGAGCAUUCUUUUAAGCUCAAUCCUAAGCUUUUAGCGCAGCUGCAGCACUGCGAGGAGCAUCAAGUACCAUUGGCCAUUGUUUUGGGUGAUGAUGAGUUGUCCAAGGGCUUGGUUAAGCUGCGCGAGGUGACUACGCGUCAAGAGUCUACCGUGCCGUUGGCUGAGCUCUGUGCCGAGAUACGCCGCCGUCUGUCGCCUUGAAGAACUUGUGUCACUCACACU